UUAAUUGUAUUACACCUGAAAAACAUUCCUCUUCAUUAGUUAAUAAACCUAUUGAUGAUAUAGAACAUAUAAUUUCAUCUCCUGUUGGGACUUGGACGGUUGAAAAAAAUGAGGAUACACAAUUAUUAUAUAAAACAAGUUCUGAUCGAAAUAGUAUCAAAGUUAAAAAAGUAUUAUUUUGUGAUCAAAAUAUUGAAAACACAGGAUCAUCUGGUAUUACAGCUAAUAUUUUAAAACUGCCUCAAGAUACUACAAUUUUACAAAACCAGCCAAAUAUAUCUAAUGAUUUUCAACGGUUUAUUACUAACACUUUGGUAAAUAUAAAAUAUGACAUUGGCAGCAUUUUAAGUAUUGUACAAUCAAACAGUAUUAAUAUUAAUACAUUGAUGGCUAAUAAAAAUACAUCAGCCAAAAAUAUCAUAAAUCUUGACAACAUAUUUCCUAUUAAAAAUCAUGAUGAAUUAGGGUCAUUGGAAAUAAAAAUUAAGACUGAUGAAAACUUUAAAAAUACAUUGGUUACUCAAUUAUCAGUGUUAAUAGAUGUUAAUGAUCUUGGAAAUAGUGUUCGAAGAAUUGUUUCAAGAAUGUUAAGUGAUGUUUUGCUAUCUAAUUAUUCGUUACAUGGAUUUAAGUCUAAGCUAUGUUUUUCAGGCUUAAAUACCUAUCGUGUUAUUAUAGAUGCUAUACGAGUUAACGUCAAGUACAGUGUUGUUCCUGAAAAAGAAAUAGAUAACUCAUUAGGAAUUUGGCUAUCCCAUGCUCCAUUCCGCAUUAAAAAAGUAUCCCAAAAACAAGAAAAACUCUCAAGAAGCCUUUUAUGAAGUUAAUAUAUUUAAAAGAUUAUGUUAUCAUUAUUAUUAUAUUAUUUACAUUUUUUUAAAUUCUUAGAUUUGUAUCUUACAAGUUUGCAGUUUUUAUUAUUUAAUAUUUACUAUUUUAAUGAAGUUAAUAUUGGGUAUAUAUUAUACUACU